UUGGUGCAGCGGCGUAAAAAAAGGCGGCGAAGUGCGUUGCGUGUUCGCUGUGCCGUGGUGCUGCGCGUCGCAAAAUAUGACGAUUCAAGUUAACGUAAACUUGGACAUGCACCCAACGUGCGUGGACCUCGUUUUUCCGGAUGGUGUGCCAAAGGGGGGAAGUGUCCAGCUAAAUUUGCUUCGCGCUUCGUCCAGAUUCGCUUACGUGAAUGAGCGCGAGUGCGUUCCCGUCGUCAGGCGGAGGGCGAGCGUGCUCGACCAGCGCUAUCUCGAAGGGAACAUCACAGUGCACGCUUUUCACGAAGAUGACGGUCAUCCGCUGUGCUUCCUGAAAGCGGCAGCCGCACGCGAAGCGGGAAUUCUGUGCGGCGAAGGAAAUGCGGCAGCCGUCACGGACAAUGAUGAUGUCAAGCCGGCUUUGUCGCCGCCUCCAGUGGUUCGUGAACCGGCCGAAGAUGCGGAAGCAAUCAUAUCGGACGUUGUUGAAGCCAGCAGUAGUGACAGUGCCGUUGCCAAAGAAGACAUCGCGGUGCGGGCUAAGCCCGAAGUGGUCGCGUCCCGAUCGCUUUUACCGCCUCCGGUCACGUACGUCUGCACAGUUUGCCAUUUCCAGUCGAGGCGCAAGGAAGAAGCUCUGGAACACGUAAAAAGUCACGAAAGCGUUCCUGAGCCCGCUCGCGCUUCCGAUGUCAGGCACCCGUCCACUGUUAAGGGCGCAGCCGCGCGCGACAAGAUCGCCAUACCCAGAGGGCCUCGGCCGAGGAAGAAAGCGCCAGUGUUUAAGUGCACCGAAUGCAGCAAACAGUUCCCGGCCGACGGUUUGCUGCGUAUUCACGUGCGCAUAUACCACGGGGGCCCGCUCCAGUGCAAGCACUGUUCGUCCAAGUUUCGCAGCGAGCAAGAUCUGGACAAGCACAUGCAAAGCGACCACCUGGAUCGGGCUCCGUACCGUUGCUCGUACUGCGCGAGUGCGUUCUUCACCGCCGACAUGCUGGCGUUGCACGAGCUCAAAUGUCCCGUUGCUAGGCAAAAGAAACAGACGGUCGCCUGCCAGCUGUGCGAGUUCACGACGUCUGAGGCGAGCAGUCUGUGCCAGCACAUCCAGGAGUCGCACACCGAAAAGGUGAUCUACACCUGCGAACCUUGCGGUCACCUGUCACUCGACUUCGGUGUGCACCAAGAGCACCUCAAGAGCCACGGUCCUGACGGUAAGGCUGCUGCACCAUCUAGUCCUUCCCCAGCUUCUCGUGCUGGGGAGCCCGUGCAGUGUCCACUGUGCAAGAAGGAGUUCAAGAACUGUCGCACUCUCAAGGAGCACAUAAAGCGCCAUCCGAGGUCCGUGAGGCACGUUUGCGAACUCUGUGGUGAGGGAAUCACAACGAACGUGGCACUCAUCAAGCACCUCAACCGGCACAACAAGGAGACGGCACGCAAGUACCGCUGCCUCUUCUGCAGCAAGUGCUUCCAGACCACCUUCAGCGUGAGCCGCCACAUGAAGAACAUCCACCUAUUCGACCACGAGCACGGUUGCGAGCUCUGCCCGCACAAAUUUGCCACGGUCAAGGAGAAAGCGGACCACAUGGCCAAGGCCCAUGUAGCGGCCACGCCGAAGGGCAAGCGUGUCCACAAGUGCGCAGACUGCAAUUUUGAGUCUGAGAGCUUGGGCCGAUUCGAAAGGCAUAGGGCUUCCCACACUGGCGUUUACCCCUACGAGUGCACUGAGUGCCCGAGGCGUUUCGCAGCCAAGGAGGAACUCAGCCGACAUGUGCACAUCAUCCACCCAAAGGGCCAGCAAAACUGUCCAAGCUGUCCGAGGCUGUUCCAGGACCAGCUGGAGUUUGACACCCACCUGGCGCUGCAUCACAGUGGCCAGUCACACCCAUGCGAACAGUGCGGCCAUCACUUUGAGAGUGCGGAAGCACUGCUCGAGCACCGUGACAAGCGACACGACCUGAACCUUCCUUAUGAGUGCCGCCUCUGCCACCAGCGGUUCUGCAACAUUGGCCAGCGGGUGACGCACGUCCGCAAGUAUCACCCGCGUGUACUGCUCAAGUCUCACGUAUGCGACAUAUGCGGAUCAGCUUUCCGCUACCAAAGUGGCCUGGCUGUGCACAAGCUCGACAAGCACACUGGACGCACAGAGGGCCGUCUCUUUGAGUGCGAAUACUGCGGGAAGGUGUUUGGACGGAGCAACGUACUGGCCAUGCACCUGCGUCUGCACACUGGCGAGCGGCCAUACCUGUGCCAGCACUGCGGCAUGACCUUCCGAAACCCCACCAACCUGAAGUAUCACACUGUCAACAUGCACACCAAAAAUUACGCAGUCUCCUGCCCCAUCUGCUCCCGUGGGUUCGUUGUGCGACGAAAGCUUGCCAAGCACCUCAUGCAGGUGCACAAAGUGACGGGCAUGGUGAACACAUCUUCGCGAAAGGGCCGCGCCAAGCCCGUCUACAUCGAACACACCACAGUGCCCGUGGUGUCAAUGGAGACUGGCAACGACGUAAUGCUGAAUGUGAUGCAGAUUGUGGAAACUGCUGACGACGCGGUGACUCCCACAGAACUUGGCCAUGCCGUUGCGGGACUCAGUGGUGCCGUCGCUGCGGCCGACGACGCGGCGACCACUGUCGCAGAGGAGACUGUGGUGGAUGACGUGGUAGAGGAAGCUGUAGAAAUGGUGGACAUAUCGGGCGUCGAGUUUGUCAGUGGUGCGACUGUCGAGUGCUACACUGUCAGUUGACAGGCUGCAUGACCACCUCAACUUGGUCGUUGUAUAGAAGUCUUUUGAUGGGCUCGUGUAGUCUACGCGUUUCUUCAAUCUGUCAUCUUUUGUUAAAACCAAUCUUAGCAUGUUGGGUGCUCACAUUUUGUAUUAGAAAGGAGACCUUAUGCGGCAGCAUAACAUGGCUGGCUAUAAGCAUUUGACGAGCUCUUGUAGUUGGCCUGUACCGUUCAUCUGUCAUCUGUUAAAAGCUAAUCUUAUGAGCAUCUUACGUCAUCUGUUAAAAGCUAAUCUCAUGAGCAUCUUACACG